CACGCACGUACACGCAGACGCAGUCGUAGCUGCGCUGUAGCGAUUCUAGUAUUUCUACAUUUCUAGUGCAGCUACAGCAGACGGCGCGGUAGCCGUGUCGGUGAUGUCGGUGUGACUUUCCUCGUCGAAAGAGAUGUCGUCGACGACGACAACCGCCGCGGCGGCGUUGGAGUAAACAUUGAAACAUGUCCGGGUCCGGACCGAAUGGUCGUACGCAGACCCUCGAUCAACUCGGUGACGACGUUCGAACGGGUGCGGUAGUGGUUUGCGCGGUCUGUGACAAGACUGACAAGCUGUCGAGGUGUUCGCGCUGCAAAGUCGUCUUCUACUGCACGAAGGAGCACCAGAGACGCGACUGGAAACGCCACCGGGAGUUUUGUGCGACUCAUCCCGCGGCCACCGUGCCAACGGAGGAGCCGGUCUCCUUGCCUGCCGUUGCCACGAUUGCCACGAACGAGAGUUUCGAUCGCGAGAUCCCGACGAUCCCGUCCAAGCGGCAUCCCUCUGUCGGUAAUCGUAAAGCCCCGAAGGCGGUCGUUCCUAACCUAAACCUAAACAAGACCUCGGCCGCACCGCGGGGCUUGAACGUCAGUAACGUCACCUCGGAGUCGUGUCGGAACGUGAAGCAUCCAGCAGAUGCGAGUGUGCAAGAAGAAAACGAAUCGAGUCAACAAGAACGGAAAAGAAAUCAGAAUCUUAAGAAGAAAUCAAAUAGCGGAAAGACAAGGAGCGCGCGAAAUAACAAAGCCGAUGGCUGGACGUCGCCUAUAACGUAUGAGGGGAGUUCAGAGGACACUAUACUGGGAGCUCGAGCCGAGCUCCUAAAUCCCAUUUUAGAGAGUUCCAGGAUUUUCGAUAGUUUGAGCAACGCGGAUCUCGGCUCACCCGCUCAACAUCGUAACGGUAUGAAGAACUUGUCGGAGAUACAGGAUCAGGAAGAAGACUUUUCACCUCCUUUUCUACAUAGGAACAGAAGUAAUCUCGAAGAACUUCUAGAUAAAAUUUGUCAGUAUGUGAUAAGGGAUAUGGACAAAUACGGCGUAUGCGUGGUAGACAAAUUUUUAGGCAAGGAAAGGGGUAUUAAAGUGUUAAAUGAAGUGUUAAAUAUGUAUGGUGCCGGAUUAUUUCAAGAUGGACAAUUGGUUUCUACUAAAGGUAGCGCAAAUGACUUAAAAACAAUACGUGGUGAUGAGAUAAUAUGGCUGGAUGGAAAAGAAGAACAAUGUGAAAAUAUUGGCACACUAAUAUCGCAAGUCGAUGCAAUCAUUAUGAGAGCCAAUAAAAUGCACAAUAAUGGGAAAAUAGGAAAUUAUACAAUCAAUGGAAGAACGAAAGCGAUGGUAGCUUGUUAUCCUGGUCACGGUUCACAUUAUGUGAAACAUGUGGAUAAUCCUAACCGAGACGGACGUUGUAUCACAGCCAUUUAUUAUCUUAAUCGAGAUUGGGACGUUAAGGAGAAUGGCGGACUUUUGAGGAUAUUUCCUGAAGGAUGGCGCGAUCAAGUAGCAAACAUAGAACCUUUGUUUGACAGGAUAUUAUUUUUCUGGUCGGACAGGCGAAAUCCGCAUGAAGUGCAACCAGCGUUCAAAACGAGAUAUGCCAUUACGCUUUGGUAUUUCGACGCCGAAGAAAGAAAUCAGGCUUGCCGAAGAUAUCAAAGAGAAAGAGAACUACAUACGAAAAAUAAUGGUUCGUGAGAUACAGAACAUGAAGGAUUAUUACGCCGUCCGUUUGGACUGAAGUUAUACUUGUACAUAAAAUAUAUGUAUUAAAAUAAAAUAUUAUGUAUUAUUAUGUAUUAUGAUAAUUUUUGCAGGAGGAAUUGAAUAACGUACGAAGAAAAUUACGAAAAUAAUGUGUUUACAAGGAAGUGCAAUAGACGUAAGAGUGUACUUUUUUUUUACAGAUAGCACUGUAAUAUAUGUGAUGAGUUAAUGUGUGUAGUUGCAAUUUAUGCUUUCAUGUGUGUGUAUGUGCGUGCGUGUGUGUGUGUGUACACACAAAUAUACACAUACACACGUAAUCCUUUAUUUCGAUUUCUGAGAUUCUACAUGUUCGCACUUUUUAACUUGAUAUUUAAAAUAUUAAAUUUACUUCCUAAAUGUUUUGAAGAAAACUUAUAUUUGUGUCGAUCAUUAACUUCCGUUAUGUAAAGUAUUAACAAUAUUUAGAGCAUGUUGCAUUUGAAAUAUUUUAUAAG